AUGUAAUAUUUCUUAUAAUCAAUCGAUUAAUUUGGGGUUGAGUAAAAGCUUUAAAUUCCACCCAUUAAUCCUACAUAAAAAAGUGCUUUGGGUGGAUUGAUAACACUUGCUUUAUAUGGAAUAAGCUUAGGAUAUUUUUUAUUUCAAUUUAUUGAUUGGUAAUCGAAUAAUAAACUUCCAAAGAUUACUUCUAUAUAAUAAUAAAUUGACAUUAAUUAAACUAUUGUUAAAAAUGGAAUUUUUAUUGAGAUUUGCUAAUUCUAAAAACUUAAUAAUUUGAUUGAUCCUUUUAAUCCAAAGUAAUUGAUAUUUACGCCAGUUUUUUAAAAGAUACCAGAUGACUGGGACUAAGUAUAAAUAAUAAAGAUUUUAUUAUAGAUUCAAAACAUUUCUCUCCGUUUUGAUUAAACUAUUUAAGAAGAUGGAAAAAUUAUAAAUAAAUUUUACAUUGAAGAUUUAACAAUGAUCCAAUCCCCUUUAACAACUUCUUAAGGCAGCUCAAUAGACUACUAAUUAUUACUUGGAUUUUGCAAAGAAGAUUAGUUAAAGGAUGGAUAAUAAUGUGCUGAUGAAGAGACAAUUAACUAAUUUUAUAAAUAAGAUAACUUUUAUCAAGUUUAAAUAUUUAUUGAUUAAUUCGAUCCAAAAAUGAAGCAAUUUAAAAAGGUUCCUAAAUUGUUUAUUUUUGAUAUUAUAAAAGAUCAACUUUUUUAUAAUUAAUUUACACUAUAGGCAGGAGAAUUGGAAUUAGAUGAUGGGUUUUUAUUUCCAAAAUCAAAUAAAUAUUCAUAUUUGUCUAAUUUAUAAACUCUAUCUACUACAUAUGAUUGGUUAUACUCAAAAAAAGUGUAUCACUAAGAACUAACUUCACUUUUAUUUUUUACUUUAGAUUAAAUAAAAAUAGUAAAUAUGGUUGAAUAUCCAAAAAUAUCAGAAAUAUUAGCAGAUACAGGUUCAAUUAUAUCUUGGAUUCUUUCAAUAUCUUUCUUAGUAUCAAAAUAUAAUGAGAAUAUUUGUUUAUAAAAAACAUAAAAUGAAGUAAUUUCAAUGUAUUAUCAUGAUUAUAUUGAUUUUAAAAUAUAAAAGAAUUGGUUAGGUAAAAUCAAAAGAAUAAAUUAUAAAGAAAAAGAAUAUGAUCCGUAAAAAUCAGAAGAAAUUUUUAAUAGAUUAAAUCAAAUUGUUGUUGAGAAAAUGAAUUAUUUAAACUUAUAAAAUGAAGUAGCUAAGUAAGAAUUUUUUAUUUAAUUAAAUUAGGUUAUAAUUAAUCUUACAAGAACAUUUAGGAUUAUAAUAAAUUAAAAAAUAUUUAGAAUCAAAAUAUAAAUUAGAGCCUUUAUUUGAUAAGUUAUGCAUACCUGAAAAUAAUAUUUAGGCUGUAAAUUAAAUAGUAAUUUAAUUAUCCAUAAAAAGCUUCCAUCUGAUUAAUAAUAUAUGA